GAGCACGGCAACGCUGCACUCAAAGAGCAAGCACAGCCGACACAUGCAUGGCACGAUGCCUCCGGCGUGGUCGCUACUGCAAUUUGUGUUUGUCGCCUCCUUUCUGCGCAUCCUUGCGUCUGCGUCGCCCACGCCCUGUCCUCAAGGAUGUCUCUGCGUUGGAACCACCAUUCGCUGCAUGUUCCUCAAUUUCGACCACGUUCCACGGUUUCCCGAGAACACAACGGUCCUUGACCUGCGCUUCAACAACAUACGACGCAUACCGGCGAACGCAUUUCAAGACCUUCACCAACUAGAUGCCCUGCUGCUGGACAACAACCAGUUGCAGAUUAUUGAAAACCAGGCAUUCGAGGGACUCAAGAACCUAAGGCACUUAUUUCUCUCUAAGAACAAUAUCAAACACCUGGAAGAUGACGCAUUUGCAGGAUUGCACCAGCUGGAACAAUUGUCUUUGCACGAGAACGAGCUCGGGGAGAUCGCGGAGGCGCCGUUUCGGAUUCUGCUGUCUUUGGAGAGGCUGCACCUCAACGACAACCGCAUACACACGGUGCAGAAGGGAGCCCUGCAGAACCUCAGGCAACUCAGGCGCCUGCGCCUGGAUGGCAACCCGCUGUUAUGCGACUGCGGCCUGGCCUGGUUCACUCAAAUGCUUCGCGAGAAGCAAACCAUUACGCAGGCCAGUGGACAGUGCUCCCAGCCAGAGUCUCUUCGCGGCAGACCACUGACGUCACUGGACAGUAGCGACUUUGCCUGCGAGAGACCGCGGAUUGUACAAGAGCCGCAGCCCCAAGAAGUGCAGUUUGGCGAAUCCAUCAACCUGACGUGCAAGGCAGAGGGUGAACCCCGACCGAACGUCUACUGGACCCAGAACGGCUUGGACGUGUACUCCGGAGGUGGAGUGGAUUCGAUAUUCUUGAAGACUGGAACGCUGGUCAUCCGUUCGGUCAAAGAAGAUCAUGAAGGCGCCUACCAGUGCAAAGUGGAAAAUGCAGUUGGAGCAGUGACCUCCAGAAGCGUGCAGCUGCGCGUCGUAGGAACCUUGAAAACUACGUGGAUAGACAAGGUAAACAAGCUUAAACAAGAUUACGACAAGCCACGGAUAGUGGGCACGCCCGCGGACGUUGCAGUCAUGGCUGGCCGCAGUGUGACAUUACGCUGUCCGGCCACGGGCAGGCCUACGCCUCUGGUGACCUGGAAGCGCGACGGUUUGCCCCUGCUGCAACACGCCCGCUACCACGUUUCACUCUCGGCCGGCAUGCUACUCAUCUCGGCCACUGACCCCAGCGACGCCGGCACGUACCACUGCAAGGCUACCUCGCCACUCGGCGAAGAUAGCGCAACCAUUAGGCUGGACGUGCAACAGGUUCCAUACUUCUUGGAAAAGCCCCGUGAGCAAGAUGUCCUGGAAGGCGAGAACGUGGAGUUCAUCUGCAGCGGCGCAGGUUCCCCAGCGCCGGAACUCUCGUGGUACAAGGAUGGUCAACGGAUAACGCCAGAUGAGGAAAGCGUGAAGGUGUUGCACAGCGGCAAGGUGCUUCGGCUUCAGAGUGUGGCCAGACAGGCCCAAGGAGUGUAUACGUGUCACGCCGAGAACGCCGUCGGAUACUCCGAAGCUCACGCGGAUCUCUCCGUCCACUCAAAAACAUCCCCGCACUUUGUAAGCGCCCCGGCUAACACCGAGGCCGACCCGGGUUCCAGCGUCGAGGUGCUGUGCAUGGCGGAGGGUCAUCCGACGCCCACCUUGUCGUGGCGUAAGGACGGCGUCCCGCUGCCCCUGGGCGGACGAUUCAGCGCGGGACCAGAUGGUCUUCGUGUGGUGCGCCUGGAACCGCGGGACGAAGGCCGAUACGAGUGCGUCGCCGAGAACGAGAUGGGACGAGCUUCGGCGCCUUUCUACAUACUCGUCCGGGAUUUCGCCGAGGAGGACACCGGCACGCACCCUGGCGACCGGUACGUGCUUUCCGCACUGCACGAGGCCGAGCAGUCGGUAGACAGGGCCGUCAACAGCACUCUCGAGGACCUGCUCAACAACAAGAGAAGCACCGUGGGAGGGCGCCACAGGCAUGCCCACUUGCUGCGAAUAUUCCGUUACCCGGAUUCGGAGGCCCAGCGGUCGGCCAGGGCCGCCGAAGUCUUCGAGAGGGCGCUCAACAUCAUCCAGGAGCAGGUGGCCGCCGGCAUGCGUUUCAACAUUUCCGACACGUCGGUUGACAACCUGCUGUCACCCGGGUACCUGGACCUUCUGGCUGAAAUGUCGGGCUGCCUGCAACACCGACAGGUGCCGGACUGCUCCGACACGUGCUUUCACAGCCGUUUCCGCACGUACGACGGCACCUGCAACAACCUGCGUCAUCCCAUGUGGGGAGCCUCGCUCACGCCUUUCGAGAGGCUCCUUCCGGCGGAGUAUGAGAACGGAUUCAACACCCCCAUAGGAUGGACCGCUGAAAAACCGGUAAAUGGCCACCGCCUCCCACUGGCUCGAGCCGUGUCGACCGGCCUAGUGUCCACAGAGGUAGUGGAAGGAGACUCCGAGCACUCUCACAUGCUGAUGCAGUGGGGACAGUUUCUCGACCACGACAUGGACUUCUCCAUGCCGGCCAUCAGCCACGAGAGAUUCAUCGACACCGUCGACUGCGCGGACUCCUGCGACAACGUCAUGCCUUGUUUCCCGAUAGAGGUACCGGAGGACGACCGCCGUGUCCGUGGCCACCGGUGCAUCGAGUUCGUCAGAUCAAGCACGGCAUGCGGUUCGGGGCGCACUUCGGUGUUCUACGGAGCACUAGCACCGCGAGAGCAAACCAACCAGCUGACAGCGUUCAUCGACGCUUCCAACGUGUACGGAAGCCGAGCCAAGCAGGCCAUUCACCUGCGUAACUUGACCAGCGACCGCGGCCUCCUGAGGGUGGGACCCCGCAUGCCUUCUGGGAAGUAUCUGCUACCUUUCAACGAUGGACAGCCCAAUGACUGCAAGAGAAACUCAGAGAUAAACGACGUGGACUGCUUCCUGUCGGGCGACGUUCGUGCCAACGAACAGCUCGGCCUGCUCGCCAUGCACACGCUCUGGUUUCGCGAGCACAACCGGCUCGCCGAGGCGCUCAGCGAGAUCAACCCGCACUGGGACGGCGAGCGACUGUACCAGGAAGCGCGCAAGAUUGUCGGGGCCCAGAUGCAGCACGUCACCUACGAACACUGGUUACCCAAGAUAUUCGGCCCAAUGGGAAUGGCCGCCAUGGGCCCUUACAGGGGCUACAAACCAGACCUGAACCCUUCGGUGGUGAACGUUUUCGCCACGGCGGCCAUGCGCUUCGGUCACUUCCUGAUAAACCCUGUGCUACUUCGAGUGGGCAACGACUGGAGGCCCGUACGCGAAGGCCCCGUACCUCUCAGAAGGGCCUUCUUCGCUCCGCAUCUGAUGCUCAGGGAAGGUGGCAUCGACCCGCUCAUGAGGGGCCUGCUGAUAGCGCCCGCCAAGCUUAGGAAGGCAGAUCAGCUCCUCAACUCCGAGCUCACCGACCACCUAUUCGAGCCCGCCCUAGUGGUGGCCCAAGACUUGGCCUCCUUCAACAUUCAACGGGGUCGAGACCACGGAAUGCCGGGAUACAACAAAUGGCGUCAGUUCUGCAACCUCUCGCGGGCCGAGAGCUUAGAAGAUCUACGUCACGAGAUAACCAGCGCUCAGCUCAGGCGCAAACUGGAGCGCCUCUACAAGACGCCCGACAACAUCGACGUCUGGGUAGGUGCUAUCGGUGAGGAGCCCUUGCCGGGGUCGAAGGUGGGACCGACGCUGACCUGUCUGCUAAGCCUGCAGUUUUCACGAUUGCGCGACGCUGACAGACUGUGGUACCUGAACGAAGGCACCUUCACUGCUGAACAGCGAGAGGAACUGAAGCGCUCCUCGCUGGCCCGCGUGCUCUGCGAGAACGGAGACAACAUCACGCACGUCACACGCGACGUGUUCACGCUGCCGGAGCGGCAGUCCGGCGGCAUCGUCCCCUGUCGGGAGAUACCGGCGCUGAACCUCGAGCACUGGAGGGAGCGCGCACCAGACCCAAAGUGCCCGGAGGUCCGCAGCAAGUUGAAGACAAAGAAGACUCGAACCGCCGCUAAAGUUCGUCCCGGAAGUCGGCAGCAGAGCGCGCAGGCUCAGACACCAUAACUGCCGAAAACACACAUUUUGUCGACAUUUCGUUCAGUUCAAUGUGCGAUAAUCAUUUGUAUAAACGCGGUAUUUUGUGGGGAAAAUCUGCAAUAAUUGUAACUAUGUUUACAACCUCUUCAGCAGGCUGCAUUAUAGGACACACGCGAUCACAUAGGACGCGUCACACGCUCAGUCGUGGAUUUUUUUUUAAUAUUUUUGCUUUCGUCCAGGAGGGUGUGACCAGCUGAGACAGUAGAUAAUGCUUUUCACGUUUAGAACUCUAGAUCGUCUCUUCGAUGAGCGUUAAAAUUUGCAGCUUACUUAUCUGACACCAAAAUCGGGCUUUUGCAGGAGCGCCAACUAUUCCUUACUUUCUGUGUAGCAUUAUUUCAUGCACAUGACACCCUCCUUAGGAGGCCAGCAACGGGGUACUGCUUAACGAUGGCUUUCACAAAAACCGAAAAAUUACGAAAAGACGUGAGCGAUGGCUCUCGAAAAAUUCGCGUAUGGGAGAGUUAACCUCUAGCGACUUAUAAUUGUAGUCGUCAUAUAACAAGCGCUACUUCUUCGUAUAGUUAACCUUCAGAAUGAACAAAGUACUGUUUGAAAUACUGCGUCCCUGCACCAGGUAAACUAACAGGCACUAAUUAUCUUAUCAGCAGUUUGGCGUAACUACUUCUAUGCUGUGCAUUGUUUCUGUGCUCAUGUUCGUGUAUAUAAAACAAAGUCGCUUUUUUUGUUUUCUUGUUAUUAUAAAAUACAUAUGUUGCGAAACGCGUGCAUUUGUGUUUUUUGUUAGUGUUAGGAACUUGAACUUCUCGUGCGACAUUGACACUGCCAUCUUGGAACAGGUGUCCAAUUGUUUUAAACUUGCCUGUCUGCGCGACCUGUUACUAUUUGCAUUGUGUUUGUGUUCAAGUUCAACUUCAGCGUCAUAGGACUGAAAAAAUUUCGUUAACAGUUCAAUAAAUAUAUUCAAACUUUGA